AUGGCCGGCAAGAAGCGGAGCCUCGACCACAAGGCCGAGAUGAGCAUGCUCGACGUGAGCGCGAUUGCCCCCCGAGACGAGCUGGAAGAAGAUGAGGGACUCGGUGGUGACGCAGACACGACGACCUUCACCUGUGCUAGCAACAUCAGCGCCCGUGACAUCUCGGGAGACUUCAAGAAGCCGCAAGGCCGAGUGCAGAGGUCGAGCACUGCCAGGCGCGCUUCGCAGGACGCCACCACCAUGACGCCUACCAAGUCGCCCAGGCUCGAGCAACAGCGUAGGUCGCCCAGUCCGACCACUUCGCCCAAGCCGCCCGCCGCGACAACGCCGACCAAGUCGCCCAGGCCCGAGCACUCCUCGCUGGUCACUUCUGAUUCGCCUUCGUCGUUCCGCAGCCCCAUCGCCAGGUCUUCGCCCAAGCAGGCUGCCACGCCCCCGCAAAAGUGGAGCUCUCCGCGGCGCACGGUCUCGCCUCAUGCUUCGCCCUAUUCUUCGCCCGUCGUCACCCCGGUCAGCGUCACGCGUGCUCGGACGCCCUCGGGCUCUACAGUGCAGCGCAAGAGGGUCAGCACGUUCUGGCCCGAGCUGCCAGCUCUGGACAGCCUCGACGAUGAAGUGGCGGAGCAGAUCACGGGUCCCACUGCGGACUGCCACUGGGUCCUGCCCGGACGUUUGCUCAUCGGCGACUACCCCGGCUCCCGCACCAACAAGGCGAUCGACAGCGAUACCACGCGACCCGCGGAAGGCCUGCCCGCUUCUGCCUGGCCGACGGCGAAGGCGAUGACAGCGUUGGGCAUCGAGAGUACCCUGACCGCGCUCCUCGCCGCCCUCCCCGACUACGCCGACCAGCUGCACAUCCGCGACUGCUAA